ACGCGUUGAAUCCCUUAAUCCCUUAUAUUCCCUUCUAGUCUAACCGUUCUGUUGGAUUCUCUCCAUCCGUCUUACACUUAGUCGAAGUUAGUUCACCUCACCUUCUACAUCCAUAUUCAUACAGAACAAUUAGAUACUAUUAUAAUGUCUUCAACGAGUCCAAGUGGCCAAAGCCAGAGCAAGAGCAGGUCGCGAGGCGGCCGUCGCUCACGCCGCAACCGCUCCCAGGUCCCCGCGGCCCAGCCUUCAAUAAAAGAAGAAUACGACAGCGAAGAAGACUACGAGGCACCGCAGCCCAGACGGCGCCAGCAGACGCAACAGCAAAGCCAGGGCGGCGGACCCCUUGGUGGUCUGCCCCUUGCCGGCGGCGCUGGCGACAUGCUACCUGUUGGCAACGUCGGCGAGACAGCCAAUAACCUCGUGAACAGCGCCCAGGGCACUCUGGGCAAUGUAACUGGCAAUGCCCUCGGGGGUGCCCUGGGUGGCGGCGGUGGUGACAGUGGCAAGAGCGACACGCUCAAGCUGAGGCUCGAUCUCAACCUCGAGGUCGAAGUCACUCUUAAGGCGAGAAUCCACGGUGAUUUGACGCUAGCGUUGUUGGACGGCAUGUAAACGUUUCGUUUUCAUUUGUUUGCGAGAUAGCGCACCUAUAUAGAUCAUCACAAGAGGAACUAAAAGAACAAUGUGAUUGAGCCGGUCUACAUUCAUUUUUCUCGGGCUUCAGAGGGUCGGUGUAUUAUUGAUAUAUAUAUCAUGGCGUUAGGAAUUAUAAGGGGACUAUGAUAUCAACGACGAGGGACAUAUUUUCAAUGCUUUCCGGAUCAAAGCCAUAAUAUCAUCGUAUAAAACAAUUUUAAUAAGAGUAAUUCAAUCACUGUCCUGAU